AUGGCUUCUACGACCACCAUGAACUACUGGCUCGAAGCGCUCGCCCUCACGUUCGUCCCGCCAGCAACUAAUUCUACGAUCGUCGGCAAGCACAAGGACAACUUUACCAGGCGUGUCAAGCACCACACAUACGGACGGACGAACCAGUUUGCUGUGACGGAAAAGCUCGUCGGCCUGGAGGAGAAAUUCCAGGUUCUCAAUCUCGACGAUGUGGCUGGCGAAUUAUUCUCACGACGCGUGGAGCUGGACCGUGACCACGGGGAAAUGAAGUGGUUGCCCGAUGUUCUAGAUUUGUUGUUGCAUUUGUCAAUCGGCCCGGUGAAGUACAGUCGGGUUGAAGAUCUAAAGACGUUGAAACCUGAUCCUGCAAUCCGACCCGUGUUGAAGUGGGAGGAUAUAGAGGCUGAGGAUCCUAUCGAUCGGAGAGACCCGAUUUGGCAGGUUCCGCAAUAUUCUGACUUCAGCUCGGACGAAGAUGAAGAAAUUGUUGCUUCGAGUACGCAGACUUCGCCGGCCAGCAUAAAACGGCGACAUGCGGAAAAGGUAGAUAAGGGCAGCAUAUUCGAUGCACCUCCUGUUGAGGUGACCUCAAAGCUAGAAGCCGCCCAAUUCUGGCGGACGCUGGGCCACGAUGUCACAAUCACGGAGACGCAGGCUGUUAAAGAAGUGUUGUUCAUGUUCAGUGGCCUGCCGACGUCGGUCUUCAUGUCUUCCGAUGACGGUUUCACGCCCAACGCUCGGUACCGCGUCCGCCACCUCGAAUCAGCCACGUCUGAAUCACUAUUGAAGGAAGCCGCAGAUAUUGCCUCCGAAGUCCAACCAACACGCCAAUGGCUGCGAGCUCGUCAGGAUACAAGUAUUAUGCAACUUGUUCACAGUGAAAUCAGCGAGGUGCUCGCGGAUUUUGAGCGGACUAUAUCUGAAGAGCACAGUGGGAUACUGCAUCAGACCUCGCCUACCAGAGCGGUCAGCCUACUCCAGGUGUUACAAAGGAUCAAGAGGGCGAGCCUUCCAUUGAAAGCUCUCAAAACCAUCACCUCUCAAUCGGCCCGAAAUGACCCGGUUACUGUUCUAAAUAACAUCCAUAAUGCCGUCGAUAUUGCGCAGUCCUCUUGCAACACUGUCGACGUGGAAUCUCUGCUUCCCAUAUUUCUCUCUGCUCUUACGCUGUAUGCGAAGUCCAUCGACAUCUGGCUACACACCGGCAGUAUCGCGAAGAUGGAAGCUUUCUUCGUCGCCGAGAACCACAAAAACCCGCAGCAAAAGAGCAACUUGUGGCAUGAUUGGUUCAGCUUGACAUCUAAUUCAGUCGACUUGAUACCAGCAUUUCUGAAGAGGUUCACGGCAAAGAUGUUCACGAUCGGCAAAACAGCGGCUUUUCUGCAACAUCUGGACGCUUCGCCUCUAGAUGACCAGGUAAUUGAUCUGGGAGUGACUGCUGCUGCACUGGAGGCCGCAAACUUGAUCGCUAACUCGCCGCUGCCCUUCUCGGCUACCUUUGAAAUGAUUCUCGAGCGACAUCUUACGGCUCUUCUCAACAGCUCAACAAGCACGCUGAAACAUAUUCUGGAAACCAGCUGCGGUUUGACAAAGCUCCUGGAUGCCUUCGACUACCUAUACCUUGGGAAGGACGGGGUCAUACUCGACACGAUUGAGAACAAGAUGUUCGACCAAAUCGACCGUUCUAUGGAUAUGUGGAAUGAUCGGUUCCUGCUCAGCGACCUCUUGGCCGAAGCAUAUAGCGAUAUUAAAUGCGUGGAUGCCAACGCCACCACUAUUCAGACAGCAUAUACCUCUUCGAGGACGAUGGAGAAUCGCCGUCGUUCCGUCAAGAUCCUUGCCGCUGUGUCUAUAUCCUACCAUCUUGCGUGGCCUCUCGCCAACAUUAUCCUCCCGACUUCGACGGCCUGUUAUCAACGCAUCGCGCUGACAUUGAGUCAAGUGCGCCGCGCCAAACAUCAACUCGAGCGGAGAGCCAAUUUCUACAUCCAGCAUAUGCCUCUCAUAGACAAUGGGACCCACAUAAAUGUGGCGCGACUUGUGUACUGGCAACUCUUACUUUUCGUCAACGUCCUCUACGCUCAUCUGACAAGCUGCGUGAUCCAGCCUCUGACACGGAACAUGCGCGAACGGCUGCGCUCCACCUCAACGAACAGCCUCGAUGACAUGAUUUCGAUCCACCGCCAGUACAUCUCCGCGCUAGAACACGCCUGCCUGAGCAGUAAACGGAUCAAACCCCUCCGUGAUUCCCUGAUCUCCGUCCUCGACCUAUGCAUCCGCUUCUCUGACAUGAUAACGUCGGCAGUGACGAACACAGGGACGCAGAUCGCCCCGCGCGAGAGACACGAAGGCGACUUCGAAGCCAGCAGCUUUAUCUCGGCACGAAGUCGUCGUCGGCGGCGUGGCAAGAAUACCAGCACCGGAGACUUCGCGUCGUCUUCAGACGACGACGACGACGACGACGACGAAGGAAUGGGAGAAGGCUACUCGACAUUCGUGUUCGACGAAGACACGUCGCUGGGCCAGGAGAUCUCGAAGGUCCGCAAUGAGUUUAAGAAACAUGUCGGAUUCCUCAUCGCAGGGACGAGAGCUGUGGCGAGAAGUUCCACCACAGGCGUACGAGUGGUUGGGGACAGCGGCGAAUUUGAGGUUGGAGAACGCUUUGAGUUGUUGGCAGAUUCGUUAGAAGGCGCAUUUCCAGCCAAAAGGAGGAUUGGGACUAUUUGA